ACUUCCGGUUAUGUGACCCCUGUUGUUACUUGAAGGAAUCAGAAACAGCAUUUGUGUAAACAGUGGAUUCAGUCCACUUCUAGAUCUAGAUUUAUAAGCAAACUCAACUUUUUUUAAAAAAAAAUGUCUGUUUCUAGAAAAUGGGAUCCUUGGAAAAUGUAUGAUGCUACACCCGAUGAGUUAAGAGCAAUUAAGGAAAGAGCGAAAGCUAGGGAGAAUCGUAAAGCCGAAUGGAUGAAAAAGCAUUCGAAUCCAUUCAGAGCUGCAGGAGGCUCAGGAUUCUUGUUGGAUCCUGCUGUCCAGAGAUUUAUAGCCCUAAAAGCAACACAGAAUGAGCGCUUUAAAUACACUUUUAGUUCUUUUGGCAUUGCUUGUCUCCUCUUUGUGUUUCCAGUUUCCCUUUUGACUUAUACUGCAUAUCAAAAUCAUGUAGAGAAAGAAAGGAAGUACAGAAAUGGAGAGGUCAUGUACAAAGACAGAAAGGACAAAUUUUUCUAAGUUUAUUUUAAGACAGACAGCAAUACCAGCUAAGUUAAAAGCAUUGUCACUGACACUCAUUGUAUUGUGGAUAACUCAGUGGCUAGCCACGCUAGGAUAGUUUGGGUACUAGUUUAGCAAGUUCACUAUUCAAAUAGAAAAAUUGGAUUUUUCUUGGAUUGUUUGUUUUGUAUGAGAAAGUGUGUAAAUAAUUUGUGCUAUAAAAUAUGCAAGAUAAUAAAGUAUUCUCUUGACUU